AUGGCAACCCCUAACCACACUGGUGCCAGCCACUCACUUUUCAUUCUGCGGGGCAUCCCUGGCCUGGAAGACCAGCACAUAUGGAUUUCUCUUCCCUUCUUUAUUUCCUACCUGGUUGCUGUCCUUGGGAAUAGCCUCCUUGUCUUCAUCAUCAUUACUGAACGCAGCCUCCAUGAACCCAUGUACUUCUUUCUCUGCAUGCUAGCUGUGGCUGACCUCAUCCUGUCCACUACCACUGUGCCCAAAGCCCUGGCCAUAUUCUGGUUUCAUGCUGGGGAGAUCUCCCUUGAUGGCUGCGUCACUCAAAUCUUCUUCAUCCAUGCCACCUUCAUUGCUGAAUCAGGGAUUCUGUUGGCCAUGGCAUUUGACCGCUAUGUGGCCAUCUGUGACCCACUGCGAUAUACUACACUGCUCAGUCAUGCAGUAAUCAUAAAGGUUGGUCUGGCUGUGGUCCUGAGAAGCUUCUCUGUGAUACUCCCAGAUGUGUUCCUGGUGAAGAGACUGCCUUUCUGCCAUAGCAAUGUGUUACCACAUACCUACUGUGAGCACAUGGCUGUUGCCAAGUUUGCUUGUGCUGAUAUUCGUGUCAAUGUCUGGUAUGGCUUGUCUGUUCUUCUCUCUACUGUAAUGCCAGAUGCCUUGCUCAUCUUGGUUUCGUAUACCCUCAUCCUCAAUGCAGUCUUCCACCUCCCUUCCCGAGGAGCUCGGCAAAAGGCUCUAGGCACAUGUGGCUCCCACCUUGGGGUCAUUUCCAUGUUCUAUUUGCCUGGCAUUUUUACUGUAAUUACCCAGCGGUUUGGGCAUCAUGUUCCCCUCCAUACUCACAUUCUGCUGGCCAAUAUCUGCACAUUAGCCCCUCCCAUGCUGAACCCUAUCAUUUAUGGGGUCAAGACCAGGCAGAUUCGAGAGUGUGUGGUCAGUACUCUGUCUUCACAGUAG